AUGGGAGGAUCAAAGUCUAAGGCCAUAAAGAAGCAUGCCAAAGUGGCAUUCGCUGAUUCUGAACUUGACAUUCUGGAAGUCUAUUUCGAACUCUUGAAAUGUCAUGAUUCAUUAAACGGAUAUCUGACCCAGAAAUCAAUGGUCCCGGAGUUUCCCGAAAACCCUGACUUCUCAAUUAAACUCUAUAAUUGGAUGAGAGAACGCUGCAAGAAUUAGUAGAUAGAUUACACUAAUUUCGUGAUCACAUUGGAACUCCUCUUAAAAGAAUAAUAGGAAUACUAUUUGAGCGAUUACAAAUUCAGAGUCCUUGAGAAAUUUGAGUUAUUUGCAUUGAUAAGUUUGGGUUGUUUGGAAAAUGAGAAGGAAGCAAUAAACAGAUUUCAAGUAAGUUACUCCUAAGGAAGCACUGUGAUAAAAGAGUUAUUGAAUGUGUAUUACUUUAAUAAGGAAGUAACAAAUAGCCAAAGAAAUGAUUUGGCAGCUAGAAGUGUAGCCAAUUCUAUUUUUGAUUAAAAGGCAUCCUUGCCAUUUAACUAGUUUAUUGGCUUAGCAAAAUAACAAUUAAUUUAUGCUAACAAAAUGUGCAAAUAGUAUUUUACAAAAAAAUUUAUUGAUCCUCAUUUUAAAUAUGGUAUUCCUGCCUUGACAUCUUCUAGUUUUAUAUUGAAUGAUUAAAUACUUGCACUAUUAUAAAUGAGUUCUCCUGACUUUAAUCGAAUUAAGUAGUUGGAUCUCAAAUUUUCAUCCUCUGUAGGGUAUGAUGAUUUAGAACAUAUUACAGAGAUAAUAAUAGAAUCCCAAUAGCCAUUGCUGUUUAUUUUUAGAAAUCGUGAAGAUGAAACCUAAAAUGAUACUUUCUAAUAACAAGUUUUUGGAGCUUAUAUUAGUAUUGAUUAAACAAUUGAGACUCAUUUUGUUAGAAAGCAGUAGAAGGAUCCCAUGGGAAUCCUCUAUAAUCCCAAUGAUUUGGUGUCACUUUACUUUGGCGACGAGAAAAGCUUCCUCUUUUCGUUACUGCCUAAAUUUCAAUUAUUCAUGAGUACAUUUGAUAUCAAAUCAAAACAAUGUUUUGGUUAUAUAAAUAGCCGAGCUUUUAAUUUGAAGGUGCCUUAGCCUUAUGGUCUAGGGUUUGGAGGGGAUGGCAAAGGAAAUUUCAGGAUUUGGAUCGACGAGAACCUCAAAGGGAAUGCCACAAAUCGCAUUAACAAUUCAUGCGAUUAAACCUAUGAAAUGGGCUAUAUAUUGGAGCCACACAUAGAGUUUUUAAAUUUGACAUCGAUUGAGAUAUGGGGGGCAAUAUUCGAAGAGAAGGAAACUAGGCCUUCUAAUCCGACAAAGUUUAGAAGUUGA